CCGAAAAUAAAAAAGAAAUUUCCACGGAAAUUUUUGUUUAUAAUUUUAAAUUUUUUAUUAUUAAUACGGCCAACAUUAUCAUUAUCAAAUACAACGACUACGACUACGACUACGAUGACAUCUUUAACGUCUUCAUUAUCACCACCAUUAUCGCCAACAUCAUCGUUUCCAUUACAAGAAGAAUUUUCGAUAUCAUAUUUCAAAUCAUCAUCAUCAUCAGCAACGACUAUAUCAACAGCAGCAGCAGCAACAGCGACAACAACAACUAUAUCAACAUUACCGAUAAAAUUACCACCACCGCAACCACUAUUUCAACAGAAAUUACAACAAGAUACUGUUGCUGCUGCUGAUAAUGAUGAUAAUUAUCAUCAACAUUAUUCAGUUAUUCGUAAUGUCCAUUCAUAUAUACCAUCAUCAGCGUCAUCAUCAUAUAAUAAUCAUCGAUCAAAAACAUUAUAUAUAGCGGGAUUUUUUCCAACAUCAAAAGAUAUACCACAAGGUGCAAUUGGUCGUGGUGUAUUACCGGCAGUACGUUUAGCACUGCAACAUGUAAAUGAAAGUCCAUUAUUUACAAAAUAUCGUUUAGAUCUUGUUUGGAAUAAUACCAAGUGUGAUGCUGCAUAUGGAAUGAAAGCAUUUUUUCAGAUGUUAGAUGAAGAUCCAGUAAAAAUUUUAUUAUUUGGUGGUGCAUGUCCAUCGGUUACCGAUCCAAUUGCAAAAACAUCCAAAUUUUUUCAUCUAAUUCAGUUAUCAUAUGCUGAUACAUUCACUGCCACAACUGCCAAUUUUUUUCGUAUUGUUCCAAGUGAAGGUUCAUUUAAUCCGGCACGUGUCAAAUUAUUAAAAUAUUUCAAUUGGACCAAAGUUGGAACUAUUUAUCAAAAUUUGCCUCGUUACAGUCUGCCGCACAGUAAAUUAUUAACCGAUUUAGAUAAUGCUGAUAUUGAAAUUGUUGCAUCACAAAGUAUUGCUGAUGAAUUAAAACCAGAAAUGUAUUUACAGGAUCUUAAAGCCAAAGAUGUACGAAUAAUUGUCGGUAAUUUUGGUGAAGAAUAUGGUAGAAAAAUAUUCUGUCAAGCAUAUAAAGAAGGUAUUUAUGGUCGUCGUUAUCAAUGGAUUAUAACCGGUAUUUAUGAUGAAAAUUGGUGGCAAUUAAAUGAUGAUGAAAUUGAUUUAUUGGGAUGUACUGAAGAACAAUUAUUAGAAGCAAUUAAUGGUUAUAUUUCAACAGAUAUAUUACCAUUAAGUAAAAAUACACAAACAUAUUAUGGUUUUGAAACAUCAUUAUAUAAAAGUGAAUAUGAUCGUUUACGUUUACGUGAAUAUAGCCGUUUUCAUGGCUAUGCAUAUGAUGGUAUUUGGACAAUUGCAUUAGCAAUACAAACAGUUGAUAAAAAAUUACGACAAAUAAAUUCACCAUUAACAAUUGAAGAUUUUCAUUAUCGUGAUCCAUUUUGGGCACAAUUAUUUCGUGAAGCAUUAAAUGAAACGGAUUUUAUUGGUGUUACGGACCAUGUUAGUUUUGAUAAAAAUGAACGUCGUGGAAUCGUUUUGCUUCAACAAUUUCAAUCAAAAAAAUUUUCAAUGACCGAUAUAGCACAAUAUUAUACAUAUAAUGAUGAAUUAAUAUUUGAUGAUCAAAAUCAAAUUGAUUGGCGUGGUGGAAAUAGUCCACCAGUCGAUCGUAAUACGGUUGUUAUAAAACCAUCUCGUAUUAGUAUGACAUUAUUUAUUGUGAUUUCAGUGUUUGCCAUUAUUGGCAUCAUUAUUGCCUUUGUUUUUCUUGCUAUGAAUAUCAAAUAUCGUAAUCAAAGAUACAUCAAAAUGUCUAGUCCUUAUCUUAACAAUUUAAUCAUAAUCGGUUGUAUUUUAACUUAUACCAGUGUGAUUCUUUUGGGUUUAAAUAGUGGCCUAACAAAUGAAAAUAAUUUUCCAUAUAUUUGUGCGAGCCGAGCCUGGGUAUUGAUGACCGGUUUUACAUUGGCAUUUGGAAGUAUGUUCAGUAAAACAUGGCGUGUUCAUGCCAUUUUCACCGAUAUUAAGCUCAAUAAAAAGUUAAUCAAAGAUUAUAAAUUGUUUAUGGUUGUUGGCGUACUUGUAUUUAUUGAUGUUGUAACAUUAACAACAUGGCAAAUUGUCGAUCCAUUUUUUCGUGUUACAAGUCAAGGAAAACCUGAGCCAUCACCACAAAAUGAAGAUAUUCUUGUUAUACCCGAAAUGGAAUAUUGUCAAAGUAAACGUAUGACUAUAUUUUUAGGAUCAAUUUAUGUUUACAAAGGAUUAUUAAUGGCAUUUGGAAUAUUUUUAGCAUGGGAAACAAGACAUGUAUCAAUACCUGCAUUAAAUGAUUCAAAAUAUAUUGGAAUGUCUGUUUAUAAUGUUGUUAUAAUGUGUGUUAUUGGUGCUGGUGUUUCAUUUGUAUUACGUGAUCAACAAGAUGCUGCAUUUGUUAUUAUAUCAGCAUUUAUUAUAUUUUGUUCAACAGCAACAUUAUGUUUAGUAUUUGUACCAAAACUUAUUGAAUUGAAAAGAAAUCCAAAUGCUGGUGAUCGUCGUGUUCGAGCUACAUUAAAACCAUUUAAAAAAUCACAUCGUGAUUCAGAAGAUAUUGAAAUACAUACAAAAAUCAAAUUAGCAAAUGAAGAAAAUUUUCGUCUUCGACAACGUUUAAAAGAGAAAUCCUACGAACUAGAAGCAUUAACAUUUCGAUUAAGAGCAUUAGAAGAAUCAAUGGAAAAAGAAAUGACGAAUGUAACGACAACAUCAUCAUCAGCUGCCAAAACAAUUAUACAACCAAAAAUACCACCACCAUCAUCAUCAUUAUCAUUAUCACCAACAACAACUGCUGGUAAAUCUGUGAUUUUAGCUUCAAAUUCUGUAAAUAAUCUGGGUAUGGCAAGAUCAUCAUCAUCAUAUGCUAAUAAUAUAAUACCAAAUACAACUAAUGAAAUUAUUGUUGAAGAAAAUGAUCUUAAACAAAUCGAUAACUGUGAUCAAAGGAAACUUUCGGUUGCCAGCCUAAAAGUUUUAUCAAAAUCAGCAUCAUCAUCAGCAGCGGCAGCGGCAAAACGACAAAAAUUAAAUAUAAUUAAAACACCGUUAGGACAUUUUGAAAUACAAGAAGAAACAACAUCAACAUCACCAACAGAAAUUAUUGUAAAUAGUACAAGUAUUUUAUCAUUAAGUUCUGAAGCUGCUCAAUUAACUGUAAAAAAUAGUCAACAAUCAACAAAUGAACCGCCAAUAUCUUCUAAUAUUUCAUCUAAUGGUGAACAAAACAAUAGUCCACAAAAUGGAAAUGAUGGUAUUAGUGAUCAAAGUGCUACCGGUAGUACAAAAUCAUCCGAUGAAAUGAGUUUUACAUUUCCAACUUAUCAUCCUACACAUCAUCAUCAUCAUUCUAAACGAAUAACUGGUAAUGGUAUUGCUGGUGGUGAUUCGAAUUUAUUCAGUCCAAAUGGUUCAUUUAAUGAACAAUGUUCAUUAUCAAAUGGUUCUGAUGAAACAUCUGAUGAUACAUCUUAUGCAAAAGCAAUUAAACAAACAAUGGAAUCACAAGUACAACAAGCUAUUAUGUCAUCAAAUACAAAUGUGAUAAGUGGUAAUAAUAUUACGACAAUUACUGAUGAUAGCCAUCCUUAUCAUUAUCAUCAUCAUCAUCAUCAAUGUACAGCUAUACCAAGAAUGACAACUGGUAUGGUUACAUCAACAGCAACCAGUGAUGAUGUUGGUACAACUGUCCAUCUACAACAUUGUUGCCAUCAUCAUAAUCAUAAUCAUCCUCAUCAUCAUCAUGUACCAAUUACUGUACAUCAUCCAUAUCUUCAUCAUCCAACCCAUCCUCAUCAUCAUCAUCAUCAUCAUUUACCUAUUUCGGCUAUAUCUACACAAUCAUCUUCAUCGAUGCCAACAUCAUCUUCAGAUUAUUAUCAACAACAACAACAACAACAGCAUCUAAUUGUACAUCAAUCACAGCCAUUAACACCAAUCAAUAAUGGUGAUGAAGAAGAUGAUGAUAAUGAUGAUGAUGAUGAUGAUAACCGUAAAGAGCUAAAAUUGCCAACUGUAACGGAAAUAUCAUCAAAUACAACUAUUGAUAAUGAUGAAAAUGAAAAUAAUAAUAAACCUGAAAUGAUGAUUGAAAAUAAUCAACAACACUGCCAUAAUAUUGAUGAGAAAAAAAAUAUGUUUGACAAUAAUAAUAAUAAUAUUGAUUUGGGCAAUAAUAAUAAUGAUAAUUUAAAGCGAACAUUUCAACAACGACGAACACAAAGUUUUGGUGGAUUUCUUCCAACGACAACUACUACUGGUAACAUUAUGAUCAAUACACAUGAGGAUUAUAAAACAUCAUCAUCAUCGACAAUUGUAACAAUUUCAUCAUCAAUGGCAAUCGAUAGUGCCAUAAGACAAACAUUCAAAUCUAAAUCACCAGUUCGAUCAUAUUCCAGUUUUGAUGAUACAUUGAAUAUUAUUGAUUCGAUACGAAUACCAACAUCGAUAUCAAUUUCAUCUUCGAAUAAUUAUCAUCAUCAUCAUCAACAGCAACAUCAACAACAACAACCAUUAUUUUUAUCAUCAUCAACGACAUCAUUAUCAACAUUAUCGUCGUUACGCCUUUAUCCUUAUCUUACACAUCCGAUUGUAUCUACAACAUCAUCAGUAUCAUCCACAACAACAUCAACAACAACGAUAAUACAGACAUCCAAUCAUCAUCAUUUUUAUACACAUCAACAACAACAACAACAUCAACCACCAUUACAUUAUCGUUCAAUGUUGAUCGAUCAACAACAACAACAACAUUUUCAUAAUCAAUAUUCAUCAACAAUGGCCACUACAACACUUCCUCAUACUCAUCAUCAUAAUCAUCAUAAUCAUCAACAACAUUCAAAUCAAAUAAAUCAUAAUCAUUUACGUAGUGGACAAUCAUGUCCACAUGUUCGUUGUGAUAUUGUCGAAUAUCUUUGAAAAAAAAAAAUUAUUAUUAUCAUGAAAUUCUUUAUUAUAGGCAAUAUAUUUAUCAAUCAACAAAAGGAAAUUCUGUACAAAUUCUGUAUUAAUUAUUCCGGAUG